UUGACCCGUGAACAAGAAGAAAGGAAGGAAGUAAGCCCGUGUAUUAUACGGGUCUAUUCUUCGGAUCUUCUUUGAUCCUUCAGAAAUAUUCUCUUGUAAUAGUUAUCAUUCUUUUUCUAUCAGAGGAACUAAUUCGCUUCUUUACUGACCCACUACAGGAAAAUCAAAAGCACGGUUGCGUUUGUUCUAUUAGAUCUGAAGUUGCUUAAAAUUCAUGCUGUGAAGAACCCAUAAUUAUUUUUUUGUUGGGUAUGUCUGGAGCUGUAGCGGAGCAUGUGAAUCAUCCAGUAAUGGCGGCUAAGGACCGGUCUGGUUGUUGUAACCCGGUGAAGAAGCCGGGUCCGGUUUCAGUGGACCAUGUUUUAUCAGCACUAAGGGAGACUAAGGAAGAGAGGGACCUUAGAAUCAGAGGUCUAUUCAGUUUCUUUGAUUCCGACAAUGUGGGUUACUUGGAUUCUGUGAAAAUCGAAAAGGGGUUGUUUGCUAUGCAAAUUCCGGCGGAUUAUAAGUUUGCUAGGGAAUUGUUGACCGAGUGUGAUAAGAAUAAGGAUGGGAGGGUGGAUUAUCCGGAAUUCAGAAAGUAUAUGGAUGAUAAGGAGUUGGAGCUGUAUAGGAUUUUUCAGGCUAUUGAUGUGGAGCACAAUGGGUGUAUCUUGCCUGAGGAGCUCUGGGAUGCCCUUGUAAAAGCUGGUAUACAAAUAGAUGAUGAUGAACUAGCACGUUUUGUGGAACACGUUGAUAAGGAUAAUAAUGGGAUUAUCACUUUUGAAGAAUGGAGAAAUUUUCUUCUACUUUAUCCACAUGAGGCCACCUUGGAGAAUAUUUACCGGUACUGGGAGAGGGUAUGUCUUGUAGAUAUUGGUGAACAAGCCGUCAUACCCGAAGGCAUCAAUAAGCAUGUCCAUACAGCUAAAUAUUUCCUUGCUGGGGGAGUUGCAGGAGCUACUUCUCGUACCGCUACUGCUCCCCUUGAUAGGCUAAAGGUGGUUUUACAAGUUCAGACUAAUCGUGCUUCUAUUGGGUCCACUGUCCGAGAAAUAUGGAAGGAUGGUGGUGUAUUGAGUUUUUUUAGGGGCAAUGGAUUAAAUGUGAUGAAGGUUGCACCUGAAAGUGCAAUUAGGUUUUACGCUUAUGAGAUCUUAAAAAAUGUGAUUGCUCAUACGAAGGGUGAGGAACAGGGUGACAUUGGAGCUUCUGGACGUUUUGUGGCUGGGGGCAUGGCUGGUGCAGUAGCACAGACUGCUAUCUACCCCAUGGAUCUUGUUAAGACUCGGUUACAAACUCAUGCAAGUGAAGGUGGAAAGGUCCCCAACCUGGGAAAACUAUCAAAAGAUAUAUGGAUUCAGGAGGGGCCUCGGGCGUUUUAUAAAGGGCUGAUACCAUCUCUUCUUGGAAUUAUACCUUAUUCAGGCAUUGAUUUGGCUGUUUAUGAAACACUGAAGGAUUUGUCCAGGGUUUAUAUUCUUCAGGAUAGAGAACCUGGUGCUCUUGUGCAACUUGGUUGUGGAACAAUUUCUGGAGCGCUUGGAGCAACAUGUGUUUAUCCUUUGCAGGUUAUAAGAACGAGAAUGCAAGCUCAACCUACAAAUACUGAGGCUGCUUACAAUGGAAUGUCUGAUGUGUUCCGGAGAACACUUCAGCAUGAAGGUCCCAGGGGCUUCUACAAAGGGCUCUUUCCGAAUCUUCUAAAAGUAGUGCCAGCAGCAAGCAUUACUUAUAUCGUUUAUGAAUACAUGAAAAAGAGUUUAGAUAUCAAAUAGAUGGUAUAUACUCCUGGAAGGUUGUUCCACAUUUGAGGUUAAUCAGCUGAUGCUAAGAGACGCUGAUGAUGACGAUGAAAAUGAAUUAGGUUAUUAGUCUUAUUGGUGAUAUGGAUUUUCAAAAUCAUACACUCAGAUUUUUACUUGUCAAAAAAGAAAAAACACUUGAUUGAUUUGUUGCCCUCAUUGGAUGUUGAAGAAUUUUUUAGGAGAGUUUUCUUCUUCGCCUGACGGAACAACUAUUUUGUCAAUUGAGAAUAGUCAUCUUCAUUUGGAGAUUUCUGUCCCAGUUAUAGGAAUAUCCCUCUGUAAAUUUACAUACACAUUGUAAGGUCUACAC